GUACGAGUGAGCGCGUGAACCCAGAGGACUCCACCUUCCACGCGAGGCGUGGAUCUCACUCCAUCCUCGCUUACAUAAGGCGGGCGGGGGAGCGCGCUCCCGCCUCUGCUCCCCCCCUUUCCGCGCGGAGUGGGGCCGCGCCCUCCACGCCUCCUCUGCGAGCGCCUCCCAGGACCCCCGCUCGCCCCACUCCAGGAGGCGACUGUCGCCGGACCGUCGGGGGGGGGGUGGAGGCGGGCGGCAGCCGGGGCGUCUCUCUCAGGCACUGGAGCUCAAGGAUAGGAGCCAGGAGCAUCCCGCCCGCUCGCCUCUCCUCCCACUCUCGCCACCUCCCCUCCCCGGCGCCUGUGCGAUCCCCCCGGGCUCGGGAACCAGAGAGCAGCGCCCGCUCGGCUGGUGGCGGAGCUGCGGGAGCGGCCGUGGUGGCCGCGCUGCGCCUCCCUGCAUUUCCCGAGUAGGGGCAGAGCACUCGCCGGCGGGAGACGUCAGUGGCUAGGCACAGGGACGAGGGACCUUCAAACUCCUCCUCGGAGGCUCUUCUCCACCCCCUUUGGCCCCUGCCCUUGGAGAAAGUGGAGUGUGGCGCUCCGGCUGCUGUUAUUUCUCAGGACUGCCUGGCGGUGGCCGGAUUCAGCCUCCUGCCCGGCGGGGCUCUCUGCUGUUCGCGCGUCUCCCGGUGGCGUUCCCCUUCCUCGCACACCUCUGCCGACGAUGAGGAAAGGUCUGCGGGCGACAGCGGCCCGCUGCGGACUGGGACUAGGAUACUUGCUGCAGAUGCUUGUGUUACCUGCCCUGGCCCUGCUCAGCGCCAGCAGCACCGGCUCGGCCGCUCAAGAUGAUGACUUUUUUCAUGAACUCCCAGAAACCUUUCCAUCUGACCCACCUGAGCCAUUGCCACACUUCCUCAUUGAGCCUGAAGAAGCUUAUAUUGUGAAGAACAAGCCUGUGAACUUGUAUUGUAAAGCAAGCCCUGCCACCCAGAUCUACUUCAAAUGUAACAGUGAAUGGGUUCAUCAGAAGGACCACGUAGUAGAUGAGAGAGUAGAUGAAACCUCUGGUCUCAUUGUGAGGGAAGUGAGCAUUGAGAUUUCACGCCAGCAAGUGGAGGAACUGUUUGGGCCUGAAGAUUACUGGUGCCAGUGUGUGGCCUGGAGUUCAGCAGGCACUACAAAGAGUCGGAAGGCAUAUGUGCGCAUUGCCUAUCUACGGAAGACAUUUGAGCAGGAACCCUUGGGAAAGGAAGUGUCUCUGGAACAGGAAGUCUUACUCCAGUGUCGGCCACCUGAAGGGAUCCCAGUGGCUGAGGUGGAGUGGCUAAAGAAUGAAGACAUAAUUGAUCCUGUUGAAGAUCGGAAUUUUUAUAUUACUAUUGAUCACAACCUGAUCAUCAAGCAGGCCCGGCUCUCAGAUACAGCAAAUUACACCUGUGUUGCCAAAAACAUUGUUGCCAAGAGGAAAAGCACCACAGCCACUGUCAUCGUGUAUGUUAACGGUGGCUGGUCCACUUGGACAGAGUGGUCUGUGUGUAACAGUCGCUGUGGACGAGGAUAUCAGAAACGUACCAGAACCUGUACCAACCCAGCCCCACUCAAUGGUGGAGCCUUCUGUGAGGGACAGAGUGUGCAGAAAAUAGCAUGUACUACGUUAUGCCCAGUGGAUGGCAGGUGGACAUCAUGGAGCAAAUGGUCAACCUGUGGGACUGAAUGCACCCAUUGGCGCAGGAGAGAGUGUACAGCACCAGCGCCCAAGAAUGGAGGCAAAGACUGUGAUGGCCUGGUCCUGCAAUCCAAGAACUGCACUGAUGGGCUUUGCAUGCAAGGAUUCAUUUACCCCAUUUCAACUGAACACAGAACCCAGAAUGAAUAUGGAUUUUCUUCUGCUCCUGACUCAGAUGAUGUUGCGCUCUAUGUUGGGAUUGUGAUAGCUGUCACCGUUUGUCUGGCGAUCACUGUUGUAGUGGCCCUGUUUGUCUAUCGGAAGAACCAUCGUGACUUUGAGUCUGACAUCAUUGAUUCCUCAGCACUCAAUGGCGGCUUUCAGCCUGUGAACAUCAAGGCUGCCAGACAAGAUCUCCUGGCAGUCCCCCCAGACCUCACCUCAGCUGCAGCCAUGUACAGGGGACCUGUCUAUGCUCUGCAUGAUGUCUCAGACAAAAUCCCAAUGACCAAUUCUCCAAUUUUGGACCCACUGCCCAACUUGAAAAUCAAAGUGUAUAACACCUCAGGUGCUGUCACUCCUCAAGAUGACCUCUCUGAGUUCACAUCCAAGCUGUCGCCCCAGAUGACCCAAUCCUUGCUCGAGAAUGAGGCUCUUAACAUGAAGAAUCAGAGUCUUGCUAGACAGACUGACCCAUCCUGCACAGCAUUUGGCACCUUCAACUCACUCGGGGGUCACCUCAUCAUUCCUAACUCAGGAGUGAGCUUGCUGAUUCCCGCUGGGGCCAUUCCCCAAGGGAGAGUCUAUGAAAUGUAUGUGACUGUACACAGGAAAGAAAAUAUGAGGCCCCCCAUGGAAGACUCUCAGACCCUACUGACCCCUGUGGUGAGCUGUGGGCCUUCUGGAGCUCUAUUGACCCGCCCUGUCAUCCUCACUCUACAUCACUGUGCAGACCCCAACACUGAGGACUGGAAGAUCCAGCUCAAGAACCAGGCAGUGCAGGGACAGUGGGAGGAUGUGGUGGUGGUGGGAGAAGAAAACUUCACAACCCCCUGUUACAUUCAGUUGGAUGCAGAGGCUUGCCACAUCCUCACAGAGAACCUCAGCACCUAUGCCCUGGUUGGGCAGUCCACCACCAAAGCAGCCGCCAAGCGCCUGAAACUGGCCAUCUUUGGGCCCCUUUGCUGUUCGUCCCUGGAGUACAGCAUUAGAGUCUACUGCCUGGAUGACACACAGGAUGCCCUAAAGGAAGUCCUACAGCUGGAGAGGCAGAUGGGAGGACAACUCCUAGAAGAACCCAAGGCUCUUCAUUUUAAAGGCAGCAUCCACAACCUACGCCUGUCGAUUCAUGACAUCGCCCAUUCCCUCUGGAAGAGCAAAUUGUUGGCUAAGUAUCAGGAAAUCCCAUUUUACCAUAUCUGGAGUGGCUCUCAAAGACACCUCCACUGCACCUUCACUCUGGAAAGACUCAGCCUGAACACUGUGGAGCUGGUUUGCAAACUCUGUGUGCGGCAGGUGGAAGGCGAAGGGCAGAUCUUCCAGCUCAACUGCACUGUGUCCGAGGAACCCACUGGCAUUGAUUUGCCUCUGUUGGAUCCUGCAAGUACCAUCACCACUGUCACAGGACCAAGUGCUUUCAGCAUCCCUCUCCCUAUCCGGCAGAAGCUAUGCAGCAGCCUGGAUGCCCCCCAGACAAGAGGCCAUGACUGGAGGAUGCUGGCUCAUAAACUCAACCUUGACAGAUACUUGAAUUACUUUGCCACCAAAUCGAGUCCAACUGGCGUGAUCCUGGAUCUUUGGGAAGCACAAAACUUCCCAGAUGGAAACCUGAGCAUGCUGGCAGCUGUCCUGGAAGAAAUGGGAAGACAUGAAACAGUAGUGUCCUUAGCGACAGAAGGGCAGUAUUGACCACACUGGAACUGAAAUUGAGUGACAAAAUUACACAGGGAGUCUGUGUCCAGGGGAACCACAGCUGAGAAGGAAAUCCAGAUGUAACCAAGGCGCUUUUCAGGCAAGAUGGCAGCAGGAAAGGUGGGGGACAGUUACAACCACCAAGGUACAUGCCCACUUCAUUCGGACAGCACCACCAAGGGAGUUAAGAAAAAUUGUGUAAAUUUGUACCUUGAAUUUAGAAAUCAAUCUAAUUUUUCUCUUUGUUGGGCUGUAUGCUGUAUGGUACAGGAUCUUACAGUUUCCUAGGAAACGCUUUUUAUUGCUAUCCAGAUGUAUGGAUAAACUUUCUUAACAAACCCAAUUUCUACAAACGUUGUUUACAUCAAAUUGGACAGGGAUGCAGACACUGUCCAUGGCUCGUUCUAUUUUUGUUCCAAUCAUUUGAAGUUGAAGCUGUGGACGGUUUGUUGAGUCUAUUUCAGAUUAGUAACUUACAGAGAAAUCAUACACUUUUGCUAUAAAUCGUGUACAUCAGGUGUCUCAGAUCAGUGUUCCCAUCAGUGUUCUGUUUCUGAAACUCGUUGGACCAGUGUUGGCAUUUGUAUCAGGGAAGUGGAGAAUCUAAAUGGAGAAUGACUAAGAUUCUUUAUGCCAUGGGGGAUAUCAGUUGGUAUCCUUUGCGAGCAGAGCUGUAGCAUUGCGGGGAAGAUAGUGAUUCAUGUUCCUCCACUCAAACAUGUCUGUACCACAAGUGUUUGUAAUAUGCAAGUUCAAGUGUUUUUUAAAAUAUUAUUAUUACAAAUAUUCUAGUAAAAAAAAAAAAGAUUUUCUUUUGUUUUAGUUAGCAAUACUGUUAGUAUUUGGUAUUGACUAGACCUGCCUCCCUUUCUUUCGUAAAGAGGUGGAUGUGGUCACCAGCUUAGUUCAAUAGGCUUCACUUCCUUUACCUUUGAUCUACCAUUCUGUGGUGAAAGAGACUGAAGUGCUCACUGGCUAUGUCUGCUCUUUCUGCUUUUUUGGGCAGUCUUUCUGUUCUGGGUCUUAUCAUGAGGAGAGUUCUCUAUGUAAAGCUCAUUUAAUCUUGUGGCUGUCUGUCUGAGAGGCAGUGUGGUUUGUGGGCAAUAGUUUUUGAACUAGGAAUCAGGAAACCAAUUAUCAUUAUGGAGUUGGUCACUGUCCGGCUGUGUGACCUUGGGAAAAACAUUGAAACUCACAGUAGCCCCUUUUACUGAUCUGUAAACUAUGGGGUGAGAUCCUAUCAUCUCAAGAUUCCAGAAUGCUAACCUCCCAUUGG